AUGGAGAGUAUAGUUCUGUAUCCAUCUCCAGGGAUGGGCCACCUCAUAUCAAUGGUAGAGCUCGGAAAACUUAUCCACAGACACCAUCCUUCCUUCUCCAUCAUCGUCCUCACACUCAUCCCCUCUUUUAACACCGGCACCACCGCCUCCUAUGUCCGCAACAUCUCCGCCACCUUCCCUGCCAUCACUUUUCACCAUGUUCCUGAUAUCCCUCUUGAUCCCCAACUUUACUCCUCUAUGGAAGCCAUCACCAUUGAGCUUUCUCGACUUAGCACCCCGAACAUCAAGAAUGCUUUACAGUCCAUUUCUCUCUCCUCUCACAUUACAGCCUUCAUCAUCGACUUUUUUUGCACGCACGCGAUGUCUGUGGCUACUAAUUUCAACAUUCCUGUAUACUACUUUUCAACUUCUAGUGCAUGUUGUCUUCAGCUACUCCUAAACUUUCCGACACUUCAUGGAACCACGACCAGAAGUUUCAAAGAUAUGAACAAACUCAUCCAUUUGCCAGGGAUCCCCCCGAUACCCUCGUCCGAGAUGCCAGACCCACUUCUUGAUAGAACAUCUACUGUUUAUUCAUACUUUCUUGAACUCAGUGAGCACAUACACAGAUCAAAUGGGAUCAUUGUCAACACAUUUGAAUCGCUAGAACCAAAAGCGAUUAAUGUCAUGACUAACAGUUCGUAUGCCACAGAUAUGCAUGCGCCACCAGUUUACGGCAUCGGACCGCUUGUUGCUGGCGAUGCUGAUGGUUCUCAUGCAUGUUUGAAUUGGCUAGAUUCUCAACCAAGUCAUAGUGUUGUUUAUUUGUGUUUUGGAAGUUUAGGUUUGUUUUCAAGUGAUCAGUUAAAGGAGAUCGCCAUCGGGCUUGAGAUGAGUGGACAUCGAUUUCUAUGGGUGGUACGAAGCCCACCAUCGAACAAUACAGAGGACCGUUUUCUGCCACUACCGGAACCAGAUUUAAAUUUGCUACUUCCAGAAGGAUUCUUAGAUCGUACAAAAGAUAGAGGAUUUGUAGUGAAGAAUUGGGUGUCACAAGUGGCGGUUCUCAGCCACGAGUCUGUGGGUGGGUUUGUGACUCAUUGCGGGUGGAACUCAGUGUUGGAAGCAGUAUGUGCGGGUGUUCCGAUGGUUGCUUGGCCGCUUUAUGCAGAACAAAGGUUUAAUAAGGUGGUGUUGGUGGAGGAAAUGAAGUUGGCUCUACCGAUGGAUGAGUCGGACGGUGGGAGGGUGGCGGCGACAGAGGUGGAGAAGAGGGUGAAGCAGUUGAUGGAAUCGGAGGAAGGGAAAGCAGUUAGGUCGAUGGCAAUGAAAAGAAAAGAGGAUGCUGAAAAGGCAAUGAGUGACGAUGGGUCAUCUCGUGUUGCAUUGUCCAAGUUAGUUGCAUCAUGGUUGCCAUAA